ACCCUUCUAUAUCACUCUUGCUCUUUUCCUUCUCUAUAUCUUCUGUACAAGUUGUACUUUCCUUCCUCAGGUAACUGAGAAUGUCUAGCAAUUUCAUGGCCCCCGUUUCUCCUCCAUCUGCCCCUUCUGUCUUAGCUUCAUCUUGUGACCAUGAUAGUCCAGACCUUGAAUCCAUAAGGGUGCUUGUGUUUUCGAUCAACCGGUACAUUUGUGAAUUGAUAACAGAUAAUGAAACUAGAAAUUCUCUGAGAUUGAAAUGUACUUCGAGGCUAAAUUUCCAAAAGCAGGAGUUUUUUGAAUUCUCUGAGCAAGCAGUCCUGUCAAAUCUUUAUUGGGGUAUCGACAGCAUCGAAGCUGCGUUCCAAUCAAAGUGGCCAGAAGAGAAAACUUCCAGGCUAAAGAAUUCUGAGAAAAUGCUUCAGGUUCCAGCAUUGCUUGAUGAACAAGGCGUUACUGCCGGGGUUCCGAAUGAGUACUUGGUUUGUUGCUCCUAUUUUUACCUGUCGAUCGUUAAGAACCUGCAGAAAGAUCAGUUGGAGGCUGCGUUGCAUUUUCUCCAAGCAAUAUUGGUCUCACCGAUACUUGUUCGAACACAAUUUGCCUCAGAACUCUGUGAAAGCGUUUUCCUUUCAUGCACCAAGUGUGAGACACAAGACAUGGGUCAAAUGAGAAGAUUACAAUCUGUUCCCCGCAAGGAUUUUGCUGAGGACAACCUCGGCGAAUUGACAAGGCAGAUGGCAAGGAGAUACAAACAUUGGUUAAUGUAUUAUAGGGUCACGUUCUAUGGGGAGACAACUCAACGACAACAUGGACGCAGUGACAUUCUGUCCCCUGCUUAUGAAUCACAAAACUUCGGGCAUGAGAAAGCCAGCUGCACAGAAUCUUCAAAGUCAACUGAGCACCGAUACCAAGGGCAGAGUAAUUUUAAGCAAAUUCAGUAUGAGAAGGUGCAUCCGGUUGAUCCUCAAGACGUUAUAACAGAGAGCAUGAAAAAUGAAACUCAGGCAUCAACAAAAGCUAAAGAAAAUCAUGUUCUUUGUAAAGCUAUAAAGGACUGGGAUCACAUCCCAAGGUUACAACUUCAGAGCAUGCAGCUAUACAGAGACACAAGUAGCAAACGCCUGCAGGAUGUGCUGAAGGAAUCCCAGUCAGAUACACCUUCUGUAAAUUCAGGCUUUAUAGAUUUUGAGGAUGAAUAUGACUUGGAGGAGAACAUGGAGGAUUAUAAAACCUUGUUGGAUACUACAAGAACUGAUGCAGAUGACCAAGAACAAGCAAGUAGUGAUCAGAAGCUGCAUCCUCUUUAUGGAACAUCAGGCCAAGAGAACAAAGCAAUAAUGUUUCCUCAAGCUCCUGAGCGUCCAACAGAUGAAGAUGUCAUUGAAGCAAACAUUGCUAAGUAUUUUCCUGAGAGAUUGAUCAGAUCUGUUAAGGAUAUAAAUUUAUCCGUGCUAGAAAUUGGAGACAAGAAAGUAAACACACUUCACCAUGUAGAAGAUGAUCAGAGUCAAUUAGAGCCACAAAAAGUCCAGCUCUUUGAACACAUAGCACCAACCUAUCAGCGGAGUAAAAGCUUGAUUCAGAUGAAGCAAGAAAGGACUGCUGCAAGGGAAAAGCUGGACUCAUAUUGCUGGGGAAAAUACAGUGAAUUACGCUUAUCUUCAAGAAAAGAUUCUAAGAGUGAAUUAUUGGAAAUAAUUGAGAAAUUGGUUUCAAAACUAUGUUUCUCAGAUGGAUUAGAGAAAUCUGGCAAAGAUUAUGCUGUUGAAGUCACAGCCAUUUACAGAAUGUUAAACAAUAGACAAGGUGUGAAGUAUGCAAUGUUGAAGGAUGUGAUUCUGGACCAACUGCUGAUAGCUGUUUCAACUUCCAAAGAUGAAACAGUGAUAAGAGCAUCAGUUACUGUACUAACAACCAUCAUUUCAGCAAACAUAUCACUCAUUGAGGAUAUCAAGGGGAAGGGAUUACAAUUAAGUGAUCUGGCAAGGGCUCUAAAACGCAAUGUGCAUGAAGCAGCUACUCUUAUACAUUUAAUAAAGCCAUCUCCUGCUGAAAUAAAGACUUUAGAGCUCUUACCGACACUUGUGGAGGUUAUUUGCACCUCAGACAGUUACAGAUGUAGGCCACCAAAAUCAGUUCCGCUGACACCUCCUGUAGCAUCACUGAUGAUUAUUGAAGUACUAGUAACUGCAUUUGACUUUGCUACAAAUAACAUGCACUUAGCAGCAAUAAAUUCUCCUCGGGUCCUAUCUGGACUCUUAGAUGUUGCACGAAAUCAUAGUUUGGAAGAACAUAUUUCUUUGGCCACAAUUCUUGUAAAGUGUAUGCAGUUUGAUGGACAGUGCAGAAAAUAUAUAUCUCAAGUUAUUGCCGUGGCUCCAUUUAUCCAUUUGCUACAAAGUAAUGAGAAGCGUGCCUGGUUCAUAGCACUUGAAUAUUUUCAUGAGGUCCUUCAAAUUCCACGGUCAUCAGCCAUUAGCCAAUUGCAGCAGAUACAGAAAGAAGGAGGCAUCAGUGUUAUGAACAUGUUAAUGACUUGUGUUCGCCAAUUGCAACCUGACUACCAACUUCUGGCAGCAAAUUUAUUGCUUCAGUUAGACACACUGGAAAACUCGUCCAGUAAAAGUGUGUUUAGAAAGGAGGCUAUGCAAGUCCUCCUUCAGUCAAUAGCAUCUGAAGAAAGCUCAAAUUCACAGCUAUUGUCAGCAUUCAUUCUAUCAAAUAUUGGUGGAACUUAUGCUUGGACAGGGGAAUCAUAUACAGUAGCAUGGCUGGUGAAAAAGGCAGGUUUAACCUCCAUGUAUCACCGAAACAUGAUAAGAAACUUUGAUUGGUUGGAUCAGAGCCUGCAGGACGCGGGAAUAGACUCAUGGUGCAGCAAGAUUGCAAGAAGCUUCAGUGAGUUUGGGGAACCUGCAUUCAUUGCUUUACAAAAGGGACUAAGGAGUCAGAUAAAGAGGGUUGCUCGGGACUCUCUUACAACCAUUGCAUGGCUUGGUUGUGAAAUUUCCAAAACUUCAGAUAGACUUAGAUAUUCAGCAUGUGAGAUCUUACUUGGCGAAGUUGAGAAAUUUUUGCAUCCUGGAAUGGACCUUGAAGAAAGACUUCUAGCAUGCCUAUGCGUCUAUAACUAUGCUUCUGGAAAAGGGAUGAAGAAACUAAUUCAUUUCUCAGAGGGAGUGCGUGAGUCACUGAGGCGAUUUUCAAAUGUAAUCUGGAUGGCAGAGGAACUACAUAGAGUAGCUGACUUCUAUCUGUCCAAUAAAUCGCGUAUUUCUUGCGUUCACACUCAAAUCCUCGAGGCAAGUCACAGAUACAGUGGAGCUGUAACUGCCCUCAUCUACUACAAGGGAAUGCUUUACAGUGGAUACUCUGAUGGUUCAAUUAAGGUAUGGGAUGUCAGAAAGCAAUCAGCCACACUUGUAUGGGACACGAAGGAGCACAAGAAGGCAGUAACAUGCUUUUCCCUCUUUGAACCAGGGGAGAGCCUUUUAAGUGGAUCUGCUGAUAAGACCAUUGGGGUUUGGCAGAUGGUCCAAAACAAAUUGGAGUGCAUUGAGGUUAUAGCAACAAAAGAACCAAUUCAAAAGUUAGAGACAUAUGGGCAAAUGAUUUUUGUGAUCACCCAAGGCCACCGUUUCAAGGUUUUUGAUUCAUCAAGAACAGUCAACAGUAUCUGCAAAAGCAGAAGUGUGAAGUGCAUGAGGAUCGUUCAGGGAAGGAUUUACGCAGGCUGCACGGAUUCAAGCAUUCAGGAGUUAUCUAUAACUAGUAAUAAUGAGAGGGAGAUCAAAGCGCCAGUAAAGAAAUGGAGAAUGCAAAGUAAGCCCAUCAAUUCAAUCAUCAUGUAUAGAGACUGGCUUUACAGUGCAAGUUCAAUGGUUGAAGGUUCCAAUAUCAGGGAAUGGAGAAGAAACUCCGAGCCCCAAAUGUCAAUGGUACCAGAGAAAGGAGCAAACAUACUGGCAAUGGAAGUAGUGGAAGACUUCAUAUACUUAAAUUGCAGCUCAUCAGCAAGCAGCCUUCAGAUUUGGUUGAGAGGAACACAACAGAAAGUGGGGAGAAUAUCAGCAGGAAGUAAGAUAACCAGCCUGAUCACUGCCAAUGACAUCGUUCUAUGUGGUACAGAGUCCGGGAUCAUCAAGGGCUGGAUCCCCCUCUAGCUGAGAACUCCAUACCUGGAAAGCUAGUGUUAGAACAAUAUACAUAGAAAACAAAGAUCAUUCGAGCUGUCAUACCAUUGACUGAGAAUAGUUUUUCACUACUCCUAAAAGAAUGGUUUUUCGUGUACAUUUUGUAAUAUUAUGUAAUCACAGUAGUAGUUCAAGACUGCCAUUGUUCAUAUCACAGAACGGUGAUCAAAGAAUGAAUGCAUAUAUACCACAUAGGAGUUAUGUCUUCUACUUAUCCCAUGGUGUAAUGAAUAAUAAUAUUGAUUUCCUUUAAGAUUUCGAGUUUUGUUGGUAAAAA